UGGGUCCGCAGCCACUCCUGACCCUGCAACCGCAAAGUGGAGCGGAGCUCAUCCGAUGCCUCCGUUUGCUUCAAGCCCACGCCGGUCUGUGGCGGCUCAUCGAGACUUUGAGCUUUGACCACGAUACGAUAGACGGGAGACGGAGAGAUGGGAAGGAGGCCGGUGGUGCUGGGAUUGGUAGUGGCCAUGGCGCUCGGAGUGGCCGUGUACCUUAGGCUUUGGACCAUCGACUACUCCGUCUCUGCUGGCGACACGGAAUUGCUCAGAAAAGAGUUUGAUCUCGCUCACCGGGAAGCGAUGGACGAGUCCGCCGAAUGGAGGCGGAAGUAUGAUGAAGAAUUGGAGAGGGCGAACAAGUGUGAAGCAGAACUUAGAGAGCUUAAAGAGUCUUUUUCCAAGAAGGGGGGAGAUUCUGGUCUCAGUAACUCCAAAUUGGUCAUCUUGCAAAAGGAAAAGUUGGCAUUACUCAACCAAGUGGAAGCACUAAAACGCGAGCUCGAGGUUGAGAAGUUGAAGUGCAGAUCGAGAGACAUAAACCAUUGAUGAAAGGUGCCAUACUAGGUUAAUGUUGAACAGACAUCUAAGUGAGAAUUUUGAUGGUUGAUGCAUCUGUAGCCGAGAGAUAUCAAUCGGUUUAUGAGCGGGCUGACCUUGGUAGCUGAAUGAACUCACGGAAGAGAUAUAGUUUCUCACACGUUGGUGGUUUUCGAGAGAAGCUUACUGGUUGCUGCUGUCAUCCCGAGAUUAUACCAUUGCCUAAUCGGAACCAUUUGGAGUCUCAUGCUCUCCGUGUAAAUUUGGUUUGUCGUAUUGAUCAUCCAUGUAUUUCACCCAUCUCACAUGAUGAAAUUUCGUCCUUUUUUGGGAUGACCCCGAGAGACAAUGUUCGGGACAAUGUAUGACUUUUGAAGGAUUCGUCACAUCAGUUAGCAAAUGCAUUCUUCUGAUGGAGCUCGACCUCUGCGUUGGGUAUGGAACACUGGGCAUUUGUAUAAGGAAUGCAAGGCAUCCUCAUUCAAUUUGUUUC